UUAAGCAAAUAUUUACGUUAAUGUGUUUUUAUGCAUUAUUGUGCAAGAAAUCUUUAUUUCAUUAAAAUCAAAAAUCGGAGAAUUAAUAAGAACUCACUUUAAGAUCAAGAAUGGUUCUACGAGCCUGCGCUUAUAAAGAUUGCGAAAACUACAUUCUAGAUGGUGCCCGAAGUGGCAAAUUUACAUUGUUUCAAUUCCCUAAAAAUCCGGAAAGAUUUCAGAGAUGGCUAGAGUUGGGUCAAGCUCCGACAAAUUUGCCAAAUUCCUCAUAUCAAUAUUGUUCUGACCAUUUCGAUAGUAUAUAUUUCUCGCAGAGUGGUCGCCGGAUUGCACUGGUGGGAUUAGCUGAACCAUUUCCUUACGUUAAGGCGACUCUCCCCGAUAUUAAUACAAUUAAUAUUACAAAUGAUCUUCAAUUUUAUGAGGAUAACGCUGGCGCACUCGUUGGUUACGAAUUAACAGAAGAUUGUCACGGUAACGAUCAGGAGCAAGAUAUAGUUGUCUCCACUGUACAAGAAGAUGAAGAUGAUGGCAUUAUGAAAGUAAACGAAACUAAAAGAGAUAAUAACUUUUCGGGUACUAAAAGAAAACUUUUAAAUGAAAGUAAUAUACGUGAACAUAAAAAAAAACUUUCGAAAACAUAUGCAGUUUCAGUGGAAGACUUUGUAGGAACAGCGGCUGAUAUUUCAGAUUCAGAUGAGCAUUUAGAAAACGAUAUUUCAAGCGAAAUAUCUGAAAUUGAUGCAGCCUCUUUGAUCGACAAUAAAGCCGCCGUGACUACAUUUAUUUAUAAAGGAGAAGAAUACGUUCAAAUGUCUAAAGAGUACUAUGUCAAGGAAAAAAUGGAAUUGCUAAAGCGGUUACAUAAAAUGAAAACUGCUAUUAGAUCGAUUAAAGGGAUAUUAAGAGCUACUGAAACUUAAUGUAGCCUAUACACGAAUUGUUUGCAUAUCUUUUUUUUAAAAAAAGAAAAGCAAAUUUUAUUUUUUAUAAACACAAACUAUAGUCAUCGCUUUGGUUUUAUUAAAAUGUAUACCUUCCGAAUUAAAGGCUAAUAAUAAACGCAUGAAAUCAUCCAAA